UACACCCGCAGUGAAAUGGUUUGUUUCGUUGCAUUAUGUUCGCCAGUUUCCCUAGCAGUAUCAAUUUUUAAGAGUUCGACAAACACAAUGGCUGCGCCCAUCAUAAGAGUUUUCAGCUGUCGAGUCCGCAAAGGAUUCAAACAUGUUUGGCUUCGACCUCAUCGCCUGAAGCAUUCUAACCCAUGGCGAGACAUCAAAUGCAACCCACAACUUGUUAUUGCAUGUGGAAAUGACACAAUGAGAUUCAGUUCUGGGAAAAUGGCCAGAUUUGCUGAUGGUGCUGCUGUUGUUCAGCUUGGGGAAACUUCUGUCCUAGUCACAGCUGUCAGUCAAAGACAGUCCGGUACACAGUCUUUUCUACCUCUGACUGUAGACUUUCGACAAAAAGCCGCUGCAGCUGGUAGAAUUCCUACAAAUCACUUACGUCGAGAACUUGGUCCUUCUGCAAAGGAGAUCCUGACAAGCAGAGUUAUAGAUCGCUCUUUGCGUCCAUUGUUUCCUGCUGGAUUCUACUACAAUACACAGGUUAUGUGUAAUUUGCUGGCAGUUGAUGGUGCCAAUGAUCCAGACAUUAUCAGUAUUAAUGCAGCUUCUGCUGCCCUUGCUGUAUCUGACAUUCCAUGGAAUGGACCAGUGGCUGCAGUGAGAGUUGGUGUUGUGGAUGAUGAAGUUGUAAUCAAUCCAACUCGGAGACAGUUGCAGAAAAGCUCAUUGAACAUUAUUCUUACAGGGACAUCAGAGAACAAAGUUGUGAUGUUGGAAGGUGAAGCUGACAGAGUUCCUCUCCACAAAGUGGAGCAAGCCCUGUCCCAGGCAGUGAAAGCUACCCAAAGCAUUAUCAAGACCAUAAGAGAGCUACAGGAGGCAGUUGGAAAGCCAAAGAGAGCACUAGACCCGCUUAAAGUGUUUCCUCAGCAUAUUGAAAAUGCUGUUCAAAGUUUUUCACACAACCACAUUCGAGAUAUUUUGUUUAAUGAUGAGCAUAAUAAGAUUUCAAGAGAUCAAGCCUUGAGAGCAAUUGGAGAGCAAGUUGUUCUGAAUGUCAAAGAGAGUUUUCCAGAAGUUGAAGAGAGUGUGGUAUUAUCUAGUUAUCAGACAUAUGUCAAGCAAGUGUUCAGAAAUCUUAUUUUGGAUGAAAGCAGAAGAUGUGAUGGUCGUAGUUUGACAGAAAUGAGAGACAUCAGCUGUGAAGUAGACCUCUAUCAGCCAUUGCAUGGGUCAGCUCUAUUCCAGAGAGGUCAAACCCAGGUGUUGUGCACUGUGACCUUUGAUAGUUUGGCUUCUGCGUUAAAAUCUGAUCCUUUGUCUGUGACGACUGGGAGCUCGACAGAAAAGAAGUUCAUGCUUCAUUAUGAGUUCCCUCCUUAUGCGACAAAUGAAACUGGAAGAGGAGGUAUUGGAAGGAGAGAGCUAGGACAUGGAGCACUCGCAGAGAAAGGUCUAAAGCCAAUUCUCCCCGAUGAAUCUGAUUUUACUGUCAGGUUAACUUCAGAAGUUCUUGAAUCUAAUGGCUCAUCCUCCAUGGCAUCAGUCUGUGGGGGCAGUCUAGCUCUCAUGGAUGCCGGAGUCCAAGUGAAAGAGCCUGCUGCUGGUGUGGCCAUGGGACUGGUCACUCGUACUGACCCAGAGACAGGCAAAAUUAGCCAUCAUCAGAUCUUGACAGAUCUAUUGGGCAUUGAAGAUUACAUGGGUGAUAUGGAUUUCAAAAUGGCAGCAACGGCAAGAGGCAUGACUGCCAUUCAGGCCGAUAUUAAACUGCCAGGCAUUCCAUUCUUCAUAGUCAUCAAAGCAUUAGAAGGAGGAUUUGCUGCUACAAAACAAAUUAUGGAGAUCAUGAGCCAAACAAUUUCAUCUCCCAGGAAGAGUUUAAAGACAUGUGGACCUGUGACAGAAAAGCUGGUUCUUGAUCAUUCAAAGCAAAGCCGGUUAGUUGGGUUUGGAGGCUACAAUCUGCGCAAGCUCAAAUCAGAAACAGGUGUGACAGUGACCCGCAUUGAUGAAGGCAGUUUUCAGGUGUUUGCUCCUAACGCUGAUGCCAUGGCUGAGGCUAAAGAGUUGAUGGAGAAAUUCAUGGAAGACCAGAGAGAACCGGAUCUGGAGUUUGGAGCCAUCUACACUGGAAGAAUAGUUGAAAUCAGGGAAUUUGGCGUCAUGGUUGAACUGCAUCCCAAAUUGAAACCAGUCCUACUACACAACUCUCAGCUGGAUCAGAGAAAGGUUUCUCAUGCAAGUUCUCUUGGAAUGGAAGUUGGAAACGAAAUUUCUGUCAAGUACUUUGGUCGUGAUCCCUCAACAGGAACCCACCGCAUAUCACGUAAAGUACUGCAAAGCCCAGGAGUGCCUCUCAUCAGAAAGUUAAACCCAAAAUUGUGAUAGUGCAUAAAUUGCACAACGCGAUCUAAAUGUUGACAUUGAUUUACACUUCUCAUGAGCAGAGUUUGUUUUUAGCGCUCUAACAGCGUUCCUUCAUUUGAACUCCUCAUUCAAAGUAUAGUGAGAACUUGUGGCAGUUGCGCAAGUUGAUCAAUUGUGUUCAUUACCAUCGUUCAUUUUGAACAAAAUUUAUAUUUUGUAACACAAGCUGAGGGAAUGAACGAGCAUCUCUUUUUUUUGGGUCUUAUUCUCUGUUCACUCCAGGUGAGUGCUUCAUAUUUUGAAACAAUGUAGCUAAUUACUGAAAGGGGCAACUUGCCUCAUUUGUCUAUCUCUGUGCUUUUGGUCUCAUUUUAGAAUUUUAGAAUGAUACUAGACUGUAGGUAGCUCCUUGAAGAAAAUGUGUAGUCUAGUUUGUAGAAGGUUGGAGUGUGAGGAAAGAGAUUCAGAAGUACCACUUGGAGCAUUCCUCAAAGUAAAUAUUUCCACAUGCUCCCUUUGCUUAUUUUUGUUUGUUUGUUUUGUUUUCAUACGAGUUUUAUGGCACUUGCAACACAAUAAGGGAGUUACAAGAGAUUUAUAAGCACAAAAAAGAAGGAGGAGAGAUAAGGAUGAUAGAUGUUUGAUAGAAAAGAAGGAGCAAACCAUACCAGAGCAUCUUCCAACCACCAGCUGUGCUUUGUUUGAGUGGGUGAAGUAAUAACAAGCUGUCAUUUUCAAAAAGAAGAAUAAGUUCAAGAUCAGACUUCUUAAAGAAAUUAUGCUGUGAAGCUACUAGCAUAAGAACUUGAAAAGCGUCUUAUCAGGUACCAGAAAUCAAAUUUUCAUCAAAUCAAUAUAGGUUUAUCUGUUUCUUGUGAAAGGCCCUUAUUUCCUGAGAAUAUUGGUACCAUUUUAUUACGGUACCUCUUAAAAGUAAACGGAAGCCAUUUUAGUACAUCGAAAUAUUGUAAAAUCCAGAAAUUGGCUGCAGCCCAUUGUUUGACAGAUAAUAAUAAGUAAAACUGACAGUGGUCUGUCGUCUUUCAACUUUCUGAUAAGAAAAUAAUACAGGAUGCAAUCUUGGUACAUUUUGUGUCCUUAAGUGUGAGCAUUCAUUUAACUGAUGAAAACUUUAAAUACCGGUAUUUUAUUUCAUGGCUGCAACCUCCAUAUGCAGACUAAGCAAUGUUUUUACUUACUUAAGGUUUUAUAAGAAUCAUUUUUUAAAAAUUGUUUACAUAGCUGAUGUUCAUCAUAACUUUUUCUCUGAAAGACAAUUUGACUCAGACUAUAGAUAGAGAUAAGGCAGGUUUCUUCAUCCAUAUUUUUACCAUUUAAUAUGACAAAGCAGUCCAACGCUUACCAGCAACUGUGUGACUAAACUUACAUAUAUUGUUUACUUCUAUGGAGUAAGAAAGAGUAGUUACCAUUCUACUGGUAAUUGUUGGCCUUUGUUGUGAAAACAUAACUGAAGUAAACUGAUGGGUUGUGGAUUUCUUUGGUUCUCAUGAUGUUAUUUAUUUAACAAUGGUUAUAAUGGCUGUCAAUUGUUGAGAUUCUGGAUUUCAUCUUUGAGUUCCUUUUUUUCUGCUGAAGAAAGUAUAUCUGAAAAGUGCUCAUUAGCAAUGUAAAUAUCAUGUUUGAUUGAUGUUGAUUCAAUAAAAAUCAAAUUUUUAAAUAAA